AUGUCCAAUAAUCUAACGGCUCCAUCUUUAUCUUGUAAGGGUUGGUAUUAUUUGUAUCAUUACGAUAAAGAAAUGGUUGAAGAAAAAUGGUAUGAAACUACUAGAAUGGUUCCGAAACAUGCUAAAAAAGAAAAUAUAGAAAAAGUUUAUUCGCACACUAAUCCUUUUAUAAGACAUUAUAUCAGACGAUCUAUUAAAGGAGGAAGAGUUUCGGCAAAUAGAAAAAUAUUUGAAACGAACAACAUGGAUGAAAUUUGUAAUGUAUUAAAGAAAUUUAUUUCUCAAAGUGAAACACGAAGUGAUAAUUCAAGAAGAGAUAACAUAAUUAAUCUAUUCAAAGAACACAGCGCGGGCACAAAAGACAAAACAGAAGUUAAUUCAAAACUUAAAAAAAUAAACUGCAAUAAACUAAUGGCAUUUGAUGCUAAUGGUUUGUAUGCUUCAGCAAUGUCGGAUUUAGACAGUGAAUAUCCAAAAGCAGAAAGUGCUAGACCGUUUCUACCAGAAGAAGAAAACAAAUUUGUAAAACUCUUCAAUAAACAGAAAUUUAGACCUAGAACAGCUAUUUUAACAGUGUGGUUUGACUAUCCCAAAAACAUGUUCUUCCAACCGAUACCAGCUAAAGAUAAUAUCACUUUAACGAAUAAAGAAGGAAAAAGGAAUACAGCGCGGGCACAAAAGACAAAACAGAAGUUAAUUCAAAACUUAAAAAAAUAA